AACUUCCCAGGGCAUGUGGGGCAGAAUACGGAAAGCGGGCGGGACAAAUUGCCUAUGUUUGGAGUCUGGUUUCCAGGUUGGUGUUUUGGGGGCUCUGGGUGUGGCAGUUGGCGGAACUGAAAUCGGCUGCACCAUGUCGGCCUUCGAGAAGCCUCAGAUCAUCGCCCAUAUCCAGAAGGGCUUCAACUACACGGUGUUUGACUGUAAAUGGGUGCCCUGCAGCGCCAAAUUUGUGACCAUGGGCAACUUCGCACGGGGCACCGGCGUCAUUCAGCUGUACGAGAUCCAACACGGGGAUCUGAAGCUGCUUCGAGAGAUUGAAAAGGCCAAACCUAUUAAAUGUGGAACAUUUGGUGCAACAUCUUUACAGCAGAGAUAUUUAGCUACUGGAGAUUUUGGUGGAAACCUUCAUAUAUGGAAUUUAGAAGCUCCAGAGAUGCCAGUAUAUUCUGUAAAGGGCCAUAAAGAAAUUAUAAAUGCCAUAGAUGGCGUAGGUGGACUAGGAAUUGGAGAAGGAGCACCUGAAAUUGUGACCGGCAGCCGAGAUGGAACUGUGAAGGUAUGGGACCCAAGGCAAAAAGAUGAUCCUGUUGCUAAUAUGGAACCUGUACAAGGAGAAAACAAGAGAGACUGUUGGACUGUGGCAUUUGGCAAUGCUUAUAAUCAAGAAGAACGUGUUGUUUGUGCUGGUUAUGACAAUGGGGAUAUCAAGCUAUUUGAUCUCAGAAAUAUGGCAUUACGUUGGGAGACAAACAUCAAAAAUGGGGUAUGUAGCUUGGAGUUUGACAGAAAAGACAUAAGUAUGAAUAAGUUAGUAGCCACAUCUCUGGAAGGAAAGUUCCAUGUUUUUGACAUGAGAACACAGCAUCCAACCAAAGGUUUUGCCUCUGUUUCAGAAAAGGCUCAUAAAUCUACUGUGUGGCAGGUCCGACACCUGCCGCAGAACAGGGAGCUCUUUCUGACAGCUGGAGGCGCCGGCGGCCUUCACCUCUGGAAGUAUGAAUACCCUAUUCAGCGGUCAAAGAAAGAUUCUGAGGGAAUAGAGAUGGGAGUCGCAGGUUCUGUAAGCCUUCUGCAGAAUGUUACGUUGUCCACCCAGCCCAUUUCAAGUUUGGACUGGAGUCCAGAUAAAAGGGGUCUUUGUGUCUGUGGUUCAUUUGACCAAACGGUGAGAGUACUAAUCGUUACGAAACUCCAUAAAAUUUGACUUCAAGACUUUGGACUCACAGAAUUUAAGAUAGGUUCUGGAAUCUUCUGACCCUCAUUGAACAAAGCUGGAUUUGGCUGAUGACAAAAGACCCCAGACACAAGCCCCUGGGCCAGCCUGCAGCCUCUCGGGGCAUGUUUGCCGACUUGCUUGCUGCUGCAUGUGGGUAUCAGAAGCACCGAGUAAACUGUCUCCAGGGCCAGUUCUUUUCUUCUGUCUUCCAUUUCUAAGUCAAUAGUUGUCUAUAAUUAAACAUAUUUCAGUUUUGUUCUAUGUCCCUGAAGUUCCAUAUUUUAUCUUUAUGCUUGUGUUAUGUUUUAGUGUCUAUAAUGUUGUGGUGGGAAUCAUUUCAUUUGGUUUAAAAGAGUUUGCCUUGGAAAAGCUGAAUUAACCUUCAGAAAUACAUUUUGAGAGAUUUCAGUGUCAGUAAGUUUGUGGACAUAAUAUUAUUGUAUAAAAUAUCAAAAUGGUGGGCCAGGCAUGGUAGCUCACGCCUGUAAUUCCAGCACUUUGGGAGGCUGAGGCGGGAGAAUCACGAGGUCAGUAAUUCGAGACCAGCCUGGCCAACAUGAUGAAACCCCAUCUCUACUAAAAAUACAAAAAAUUAGCUGGGCGUAGUGGCGGGCACCUGUAAUCCCAGCUACUCCGGGAAGUGGAGGUUGCAGUGAGCCGAGAUCGCACCACUGCACUCCAGCCCUGGCGACAGAGUGAGACUCUUGUCUUUAAAAAAAAAAAAAAAAUAUAUAUAUAUAUAUAUAUAUAUAUAUAUAUAUAUCUCAAAAUGGCACGGUUGGUCUAGAUUUGGGUAACUGUUUUCAGCAAUUUAAUUCAUAAAACAAAAUGCUAUGAUUUAUAAAGCUCUUUUUUACUUAAAAUACAGGAAUUGAAUUGGUGAGACUUUUGGUUAUUGACUGUGGUAAGUGGUGGUGAAAUGUACAAGAUUGUAGGGGUUUUGUAGUCUUAUUUUUGGUCAUACUUUAAAAAUGCAUUUUAUGAAUAAACUUCUGUUUUUGAGAUCUAUGGAAGCUUUGAUUCUGUUACCUUAACAGUAGUAAUAAAGUUAACAUUGUCACAUCAUUUUGCCUUAUAAAUGCUUAAUUAGUAGUUAAUUCACUUUGUUUCUUUAAUGUUCACCUUAUCUUUAAGCCUUUGGAAUUAUUGACUUUAUCACACUUUCAUUAAGCCUACCCUCCCCCACCUCCAUUGAAGAGAAUGCAGCCACCUAAAACAUUCAUAAUAUGUGAAAUAUAUGUGAUUUCAGGGGAUCAUGGAGAGUCACUUAUUUGGAAUAUUAAGAAAAUAAAGGUUUUUCUUUUCUUUUUUUUUAGUUUCCCAGUGUUUUAUAGAAUAAUGCUGUGGAUAUAAUUAUGAAGGUAAAAAUUAAAUUGAACUUUAAAAAAGCUUAUAUCUGCAGGUUUUUUAAAAAUUUGCAAUGAAAAAAAGGAAAAUUCGUAGAAGUCUCUCUUAGAACACUUGUAUUUGGUAAUAGAGUCAACAAAAAGAAAUACCUGUAUUUUAUGAAAUCUAAGAUGUCAUCGAUACCACUGAUGCUAUGCCAUUCAAGAAAACGGAGCCAACUAAAACAUUCAUAAUAUGUAAAAUGUAUGUGAUUUCAAGUGAUCAUAGAGAGUCACUUGUUCGGAGUAUUAAGUUGA